UGAGUUGGGGUCAUUUUGUGCCUUAACCGGCUUUCACAAGAACGUGCUGUCAAAAUAAAGGCGAGGCUGCAGGUAAACUUGGGAGCGCAAAAGGCGGCUGCACCUCCCAUAGUGACUGCCUAGUGCCUGGAAACCAGGGCUGGCCCGCCCGCAGUGUGUUGUGGGGUUACCUAGCAAACAAGCAACCAGCGGAGAGAAGCCUAAAGCCGCCAAAGGAAGGCUGCUACUUGUGACUCCCAUUAGCUUUUAUAGCUGUCUUUGCAUCUAACCCUUUCUCAUCAUUAUCGUCCCACUUCAUCUGAAGGCAUGAAUAUUGUCCUGUCCCGGGAUGCACAGGUCAAAAUUAUGGAGAUGACAGUGUCCAAUGCAGAAAAGUACUUUGGGCAGUUCUGCUCUGUGCUGGCAUCAUAUACACGUAAAACAGCAAAACUAAGGGAUAAGGCUGAUGAGCUGGUUAAGUACCUUAUAGACUUUGCUAACACUGAAAAUCCAGAGUUGAGGACAGCCCUUAAAAACAUGGCAGAUGAGUUGGCAAAAAUACAAGACUAUCGGCACGCACAGGUGGAGAGGCUGGAAACAAAAGUGGUAAAUCCCAUGAAAUCAUAUGGAUCCUUAAUAAAAGACAAACGGGCAGAAAUCAAAAAGUUCAACUCAGUCAGGAACAGAGAAAUAAAGGAACUGGAGAAGCUGGAGAAAUUACGGCACAGAGCCCCAUCUGACCGACAUAUUAUUUCUCAAGCCGAAUCCAGUGUACAGAAAGCUUCAGUUGAUGCAGCGCGUACCACUCACCAGCUGGAAGAGACCAUUGAUCAUUUCCAGAUGCAGAAGAUCAAGGACAUACAGAAAAUGUUCUCAGACUUUCUGACAGUUGAAAUGAUUUUCCAUGCUAGAUCACUUGAAGUCUUUACCAAUGCCUUCCAAAACUUGCAAGAGUGUGACCUAGGGAAAGACAUAGAGGAUUUCCGAUCAAAGAUCCAUAUUAAAACAUCGAAUGAGGAUGUCAGAUCUCUACAGGCUACUAACCUAUCUUCUAACGCCACUUGGCAGGCAAGCAGUAUGAGUGUACAGAGCACACUGCAGAGACAUCAGGAAGUAGAAGAAGACAGUUUUGAAGAGUCAGAGGAGGAGGAUGAUGAUGAUUAUGAAGAUCACAGAAGGGCAGAAUAUGCUACAUUGCGAAAAUAAUACAGUUGCCGACAGAUGGAAUCCAAUAUUCAGUCUUUCCUAAGCUAAUAUUUAAUAAAAGACUGACUGCAAUGGUGGAUUGAGGCCUGCCAUUCAGACAAUUAUUUCUGCUGAAUAAAACGGCGUGAUUAACACAUAUUAGCUACAAGACAAUGUGACGAAACAGAGAAUUCUUUGAAUGGGCAAUAUAUAAAAUAUAUAAAGUACCCCCCUUGUAAAAUAUAAGGAUAUUAUAAGUUCCUGAG